GAUACGAAAACUGUCGGAAUUUUUUGGUUAUCUACUUAUCUAGCGCAACUAAUCAAUAAAAUUUUAAAAAUUCUUUUGUUGAUCUCCCUAUUAGUUAUUUCGCGUGCUUAAUUUUGUAAUUAAACCGAUCUGCAUCGUCAUGGAUUUCAACGUCAAAAAAUUAGUCCGUGAGGCUGGAAAUGCAAUCAGUCGCUAUGUUCAAUUGACAGAAGAGAAAUUGGGAACAUCGGACAGAACGGAAUUCGACGUUCUUUUCGAAAACUUGGCUGAAUUGUCUGACAACACUAAAAACUGGACCGAAAAAAUACUCCGAGACACAGAAGCUGUUCUGACACCUAAUCCUGGGAAUCGAGUGGAAGACUAUCUUUUUGAAAAGAUUGACAAGAAGAAACCAAAUCGCCUUAGCAACCUAGAAUACCUUGGACUUGACAUGAUAGAAGCAGGAAAUGACUUUGGGCCAGGCACCUCCUAUGGCAAUGCUUUGAUUAAAGUCGGACAGUACGAACAGAAACUUGGCGUUGUAGAACGAGAAUUCAUUGCUGCAGCCAACCAGUGUUUCAGUACCCCGCUUCAAAAAUUCCUAGACAAUGAAAUGAAGACAGUCAGCAAGGAGCGCAGCAUCCUUGAAAGUAAAAGACUGGACUUAGAUGCUUGCAAGAAUAGAGUACGAAAAGCAAGAGGAAUGCUAGGAAUGCCAGCCAAGGAUGGUGUGAGCCCUGAAUACGCUUUAGAAGAGGCGGAGCGUGAUCUGAGGGUGGCUCAGUCAGAAUUUGACCGUCAACAAGAAAUCACAAAACUGCUGUUAGAAGGAGUUUCCUCUUCGCGAGCAGGGCAUCUGCGUUGCCUGCACGAGUUUGUCGAGGCCCAAUCAAACUAUUACGCUAAGUGCCAUGAAUUAAUGAAAGAGCUGCAACAGGACCUUCAGAGUUCCUCCUCCAACCCCCAACAUUCGAGCACGAGUAAUUUGCAGUCAUCGGGGCAAAAAGCAAAAGCUCUCUGUGAUUACGAAGCCAAAGACUCCACAGAACUUAGCGUAUCAGCUGAUGAGGUAGUGACUGUUCUGUCUGAAUGUAGUGACAACCCUGACUAUGUAAAUUGUGAAAAAGGAACGCAGCAUGGACGAAUUCCAAAGAUGUACUUGCUGUUCAAAUAAAGCACUCUGCAAUUCAAAGGCAUCUCUUGCUUUCGUCGCUGGAGGUUUGCGUCUUCUGACUGCAUUUAAUCAGUUGUGAUUACAUUUUUAAUUUAAGUCAAGUCUCCUCCCAUUUAUUAGUCUGAUCACUCUAUACUCAUUAAUAUUAACAAAUACUGUUUAGACACAUUUCAGAUACUAUGAAUUCUUCAAAUCGAAAGAUGUUUUGUGAGUCAUUACUCAAGGAAUAGACGGAGGUCUAGUAUGUUACAGUAAACUAGAGUCAGAGAUUUAUAAAAAUACUCAUUUGCAAUGCCUCGAUUUACGAGAGUAAUCCCAAAAGUCUUGCGCGUUUUGCUCUCAUUCCAAAACUAUUAAUGAUAGGGAAAACCUGAUUAGAUGCACAUAUGAAGCAUACUUUUCGCUUUAAUGUAAGCUCAAGUUUGUACAAAUCAAAUGAACAGGAUGCUCAGGAGGUCAUUUCUCCCACGAUGCCUUCGAUGCGUUUACCGCCCCUUCCAGGCGCGCGAUAAGACAGCUUUUUCGGAGCCAACCUGGCACGAAUUGUUUUAAAUUCAAUCAUUUAUGAACAAUCUGAUAUAAGACAUAUGAAGACAUAACAGGAAAAUAUUCGAGCAUCUUUUUAAGUGUCAUUCGGCGAUUUUCGCGGGUAAAAGCGUCGAUUCAUUGCACUAAGUCACUAUCCAUCACACUUGGCCUAUCAUCUUGGGCUUCAUCGUGCACUUCUGUUCUUCUCUGCGACACGAUUGGUGCAACCUCCGGACAUUUUCAUUGUUCAUCGCAUUUUCACGCGCAUGACCUAACACCUUCCAAAGUCAAAAAUUGAAUUAUUGAACUUCACAGUUCUCUGGCUUUGCAAGUGCCAUAACUUUACAACACACUUUACACAAUAAGCUUGCACAAAUGUCGAAAGAACACCGAUUGCACUCACCAUUGAAGGCCUAAAAAACAGCAUGCUGAACAGGGUAACAACCUGGUGAAAAAUAUUGAGAAGGAUUUCAAUGCGAUUGGAUCAGAUUGGCCGUAACCGUCCGCACAUUUUACUUAAUACGGAUACUGUGUGCUUGGAGGUGGCAGUAAAUGCAUCAAAGGCUGGGAGGGAGAAAUGACCUCCUGUUCAUCCGAUUUUUAAAACUAUGGUCUAAAUUAAAGCUGAAAGUAUGCUUCAUAUGUGCAUCUAAUUGGAUUUUUUCCAUCUUUAAUAGUUUUGAAAUGAGAGCAAAACGCGUAAGACUUAUGGGAUUACCCUCGUACCUAGAGGGCUUUUUAGUUAAUUUGAUUCCGAGAGAAAAGGACAAGAUUAAAUCUAUGAAAAGAAAUGAAAUGAAUUGGUCUCUUCUGGAUGAAUUUUGCUGUCAAUUCUUCGUAUCAAAAAUUCUUUUUUUGAGGUCUGAAAAUUAUGAAUUACAGCUUAAAAUAAUGAGAUUUGUCUUACAAUAAGUUCCUACAUCUGAUAGUUUCGGAGAUAUUGCUUGCAGGUGAUGUCAUCCAACAAGUUUUUUAAGACCUUUAGUCCGUUGUUAUUGAACUCAACAUCUUGACGUUUAGUUGGGUCUUGUUCUUCUUUGCUAAUUUACAAAAUCUAUGUCGAGACACAAUUGUAGAGGCAUCCCAUUUGAUCAUCAGUUUGGCAGGCAUUGAGAAAAUAGAAACGUACUUAAAUCCCCUCAUUUUGAAAGUUUUUUCCAAGCUCUUGAAAAUUUAUCAAAUUCGAAUUUUAUCCAAAUUCCCUUUCAUCCAAUUUUCGACAGUAUUGUCGAGUUUGCCAAUGUGUGUUAAAGUUCAGUAUACUAAGAUUAAAUUUUGGAAUAUAACUUUUGAACAUCUUUUACCACGUUCAAGUAAUCAGAAUGAAAUUUUUUGUUUCAAAAUUGUAAUUUUGCUUUCGAAGUCUUGAGAUUACAGGAGGAUGAAACACUUUUUGUUAGUCAGACAUUUUGUCAAUCAGUCAGAUAGCCAUUAAGAUCAGUGAGCCUGGAAAGAUACCAAUGGUGACACUUUGAAACCUUGUAUCUACAACAUUCCAUCUACAACAUUCAAGGUGCUGUUUUUAAUUGAUAAUGAUGUGUUGCUGUGCUUAUAAAAAGAAAUUACUGUUGCCCUGUGUUGCAAAUGCAAAAUAACACUGCAUUUUUUGUAAAUUCA